CAAAGUUAACCUCACAAGGCCAAACAGGCUGCAUAAGACCUCAUUCAUCGUACAUUGUGUGAGCCACAUACAUGCUUUGUUAAAAAAUUGUUGGUAAAUUGAGUGAAUUCAUCUGAACUAAUCAUCACCCAUGGACACGACUCUAAUUGCCCCGGAGGAGAGACCGGAGCAUGAGUGCAUCAUAUUCAAUACCAUUUCACAGGUGCAUAAAAUAAAGGUGCAGUUGGCGGGGCCAGUAGUGCUCCAUGCAAUAACUCACACGACACAUUUGAAAAUCCGCUUUGAGCGCAACUCAAUAAAUAAUAAGAGCCCCGAGUCGACAGACGACGAGGACGAAGAAGAGAAUCUCAUAGAGGACGAUCUCGAGUACUUGCGCUCGCUCGAUCCCAAAGAAUGGAAGAAUCAGGAUCACUACGCAGUCCUGGGACUGAAGCAGCUGCGAUUCGAGGCGUCGGAGGACAUAAUAAAGCGAGCCUACAAGCAGAAAAUUCUAAAACACCAUCCAGACAAGCGCAAAGCAAUGGGUGAAGAAAUUCGCCCGGACGACGAUUACUUUACAUGCAUAACACGGGCCUGGGAGAUGCUGGGAAACCCUGUCAAGAGACGAAGUUACGACAGUACAGACCCAUUCUUCAAUGACGAUCUUCCCGAUGAGAAAGAUGCCAAAGUGGAGUUCUACGAGACCAUGGGAAAGGCAUUUGAAGCGAAUGCCAGGUGGUCGAUAAAGCAACCAGUACCAAAACUUGGCGAUCCAGAGACCCCGCGGGAUAACGUCGAGAGAUUUUAUUCAUUCUGGUAUGACUUUGACUCGUGGAGGGAGUACUCUUAUCUCGACGAGGAGGACAAGGAGAGUGGACAGGAUCGAGACAUGAGAAAGUGGAUUGAGAAGAAAAAUAAAGCCACCAGGGCAAAACGAAAAAAGGAGGAGAUGCUGAGAAUUCGAACUCUAGUUGAUGUGGCUUACAACGCAGAUCCCAGGAUCAAGAAAUUUCAACAGGAGGAUAAAGACAAAAAGACAGCUGUAAAGCGAGCCAAACAGGAGGCAGCCAAAGCCAGACAAUUGGAAGAGGAGAGGCUUAUUAAAGAGGCUGCCGAGAAAGAGCGAGAGGAGAAGAUGAAGAAAGAAAGCGAGGAGAAGGCAAGGCAGGAUGCCUUGAAGCAGGAGCGAGAGGCGCAGAAGAAGGCCCUCAAGAAGGAGAGGAAGGGUCUGAGGGACCUGUGCAAGUCACAGAAUUAUUUUUCCGAGAGUCCUGCUGAGAGUAUAAGGCAUAUGGAGUGUGUGGAGAAGUUCUGCGAGUUGUUUAAGCUCAAUGAGCUCGAAGAGGCCACUAGGGAGAUUCAGAGAGACGGGAGGAAUGGCUUUUUGAGGAUUGUUAUUGACACUGAAAGUAGAAUAGAGGCUGAGAGGAAAGCUCAGGUGAUUAAUUAUUCAGAUGUUCGAAACAAUUCGCACGAAAAACAAAUCAAGGGCUGUCAGUUUCCAUGGGCUGAGGGUGAUCUUCAACUGUUGAUUAAGGCUGUCAAUCUUUUUCCUGCUGGGACUAAUCAGCGUUGGGAAGUCGUUGCCAAUUUUAUCAAUCAACAUACCAGUAAUGGCGUUACCAGAAAUGCCAAGGAGGUGCUUGCAAAAGCAAAGGACUUGCAGUCAACGGAUUUUAGCAAGUCUAGUAUGAAGGAGCAGGCUAAUAAAAACGCUUUUGAUAAUUUUAUUGCGGAAAAGAAGAGCAAAGAUGCCAUUGAUGAGAGGAUGCCCGCUGUCACUGAGAGGCUCGAUCCUCCUAUUGUUGGCAAUCAGCCCUGGACACCCGCUGAACAGCAGCUUCUUGAACAAGCACUCAAGACUUACUCCACUACUACAGGACCUGAGAAGUGGGAUCUCAUUGCUGGGUGCAUACCUAGUAGAACUAAGAAGGACUGUAUGAGACGAUACAAGGAACUUGUGGAGCUGAUUAAAGCAAAGAAGGCAGCGCAGAACGUUAAACAAUAGCCGCGAGUGAUUGUGUGCGCCUGAAUUAAAUGUAUUUUAGAUAAUGAAGGGGAGAAUUAAAUAUUCCGGCACACUGUACAUCGGCUUGUAAAAUAUUAGCAAAUACAAUGAAUUUCAAACGA